CUGAAGCAUGUGGAACUAUGCCCAGUGGGGACUGUGCCCCUCAUUUCCAAGUCAUUCGGUACCACUCCGUCCUUAGUCCUCCCGAGAGCAGGGGGGCAGAGCUGAGCGGCAGCCCGGAGCUUGGCGGGAGGAGGCAACGGGGGAGGGGCAGGUGGGGAGAUCCGGCUGGAGGGGAGGCUCAGACGUCUCCUUCCUUCCUGGUUCCUGCAGUAGCUGCUGCCACUGCUCAGCUCUGUGAAAAGGUAGCCGGUGACUCGGAGACAGCGUCUCAGAGGCACAUCAGCGAACAGACCAAGAAGCACUGGCGUCCAUGGAUUCUGGGGGUUCCCCCAAGACAAGGUGACAUUCUCCCCAUCCCACCCUGCUCUGCUGUCCUCAUCAGGAGUGACUUCUUCCUCAUGGACUUCCAGGAAAGGGACACUCCCUCCCUGGCUGAGAGUACUCAGUCUUCAAAGCCCAGCAGUACCCAGCAGGCCUCCGAGCUGUGGGAGGUGGUGGAGGAGCCCCGGGGCAGGCUAGGAACAGACGACAUCAUGCCUGAGAGACAGGAAGGACACCUGCUCAAGAAGAGGAAGUGGCCUCUUAAGGGCUGGCACAAGAGGUACUUCGUGCUCGAUGAUGGAAUCCUCCACUAUGCCACGACUCGACAAGAUAUCACCAAGGGGAAGGUCCAUGGCUCCAUUGAUGUCCGGCUAUCCGUCAUGUCCAUCAACAAAAAGGCUCAGCGCAUUGACCUCGACACAGAAGACAACAUUUACCACUUAAAGAUCAAAUCUCAGGACCUGUUCCAUAGCUGGGUGGCUCAGCUGCGAGCCCACCGCUUGGCCCAGCGAUUGGACAUGCCCAGUGCCACUCAUCGGAAGGCUCCUGGUACCCAGAUACUAACAGCAGGCAGUGCCUCAGCCUUACCUGGGGUUGGACCUCGAGAGAAAGUAUCAUCCUGGCUGAGGGACAGUGAUGGCCUAGACCGAUGUUCUCAUGCGCUCUCAGAAUGUCAGGGUAAGCUGCAGGAAUUACACAGACUCCUUCAGAGCCUGGAGUCCCUACACCGAAUCCCCUCUGCCCCUGUGAUUCCCACACACCAGGCCUCAGUGACGACUGAGAGACCCAAGAAAGGAAAACGGACCAGCCGCAUGUGGUGCACACAGGGCUUUGCCAAGGAUGACACCAUUGGACGGGUUGGCCGUCUCCAUGGCUCUGUUCCAAACCUGUCUCGUUACCUGGAAUCUCGAGACACUUCUGGGCCCCGUGGCCUGCCACCUCCAGACUAUGCCCAUCUGCAGCGCAGUUUCUGGGCUCUGGCCCAGAAGGUGCACAACUCCCUCAGCAGUGUCCUGGUUGCCCUCACCACAGAACGGGACCGACUGAGAGAACUGCACCAGGGCUCGGAGCUGUCAAGGAUAGCGGUUUCUGAGGCCCCGGAAGGUCAGAGACGCCUCCACUCACUCUCCAUCUCCUCAGACACCACGGCAGACUCCUUCAGUUCCCUGAACCCGGAGGAGCAAGAAGCUUUGUACAUGAAAGGCCGAGAGCUGACCCCCCAGCUGUCCCAGAGCAGUGUGCUGUCUCUUGCCGACUCCCACACCGAGUUCUUUGAUGCCUGUGAGGUGCUCCUCUCUGCCAGUUCUUCCGAGAAUGAGGGUUCUGAGGAGGAAGAGUCGUGUGCUAGCGAGAUCACCACCAGCCUGUCUGAGGAGGUGCUGGACAUCAGGGGAACUGACCACUAUCAGAAAGGGGCAUGUGUUCCAGGGAUUGCUGUGGGGCCCCCUCGCCGCCGCUGCCUGCCAGCUGCCAGUGGGCCUGGGACAGACGUGAGCCUGUGGAAUAUUCUCCGCAACAACAUCGGCAAAGACCUGUCCAAGGUGUCAAUGCCGGUGCAGCUCAACGAGCCGCUCAACACUCUGCAGAGGCUCUGCGAGGAGCUGGAGUAUAGCAGCCUCCUGGACCAGGCCAGCCGCAUGGCUGACCCCUGCGAGCGCAUGGUGUACAUCGCAGCCUUUGCUGUCUCCGCCUACUCUUCCACAUACCACAGGGCAGGAUGCAAGCCCUUCAACCCGGUCCUGGGAGAGACCUACGAGUGCGAGCGGCCUGACCGGGGUUUCCGUUUUAUCAGCGAGCAGGUCUCCCAUCAUCCCCCGAUCUCCGCGUGUCACGCAGAAUCUGAGAACUUCAUCUUUUGGCAAGAUAUGAAAUGGAAGAACAAGUUCUGGGGCAAAUCCCUGGAGAUUGUGCCUGUGGGGACAGUCAACGUCAGCCUGCCCAGGUUUGGGGACCACUUUGAGUGGAACAAGGUGACGUCCUGUAUUCACAACAUCCUGAGUGGCCAGCGCUGGAUCGAGCAUUAUGGAGAAGUGCUUAUCCGAAACACACAAGAUAGCUCUUGCCACUGCAAAAUCACCUUUUGCAAGGCCAAGUACUGGAGUUCCAACAUCCAUGAGGUACAAGGUGUGGUGCUUAGCAGGAGUGGCCGCGUCCUCCACCGCCUCUUCGGGAAAUGGCAUGAGGGACUGUACCGAGGCCCCCCACCGGGUGGCCAGUGCAUUUGGAAACCCAAUUCGAUGCCCCCAGACCAUGAGCGAAACUUUGGGUUCACUCAGUUUGCCCUGGAGCUGAAUGAGCUGACGGCAGAGCUGAAGCGGACACUGCCUUCCACUGACACACGGCUACGGCCUGACCAGAGGUACCUGGAGGAGGGGAACAUCCAGGCUGCUGAGGCCCAGAAGAGAAGAAUAGAGCAGCUCCAGCGAGACCGGAGAAGGGUGAUGGAAGAAAAUAACAUAGUCCACCAGGCGCGCUUCUUCAGGCGACAGACAGACAGCAGUGGCAAGGAGUGGUGGGUGACCAACCAUACAUACUGGAGGCUGCGUGCUGAGCCAGGCUAUGGGAACCUGGAUGGAGCUGUGCUCUGGUAACCCUGGCCUCGGGGCAGGAGACUCUAGGUCCUCACUCCUGCCCCAACUCCUACUAUGGACACAUGGGUGAGGUCAGGCUCCCUCUCGUUGCCCUUGAGUGCAAAGGGGCAGCCUCGGCUCCAGCCCUUUCCCCCUCUGCUGGCCAGAGGGGUAUCUCAGCACACUCCCGUUCCACCACUGAGGUGGAAGUGGAAUCUGUGCUUUCACCGUUUUGUUUCCCCAAAUCUGGCAUGUCAGACCCUUCUCGCUCAGCCAUUUUCCUCAUCUGGGAGUGUUUGGGAGAGAUGCCAGGUUCCCCAGAUCUGCUCCCCAUUUCAGUGCCUUCCUUGGACACAGAGGGCCCCUUGAUGCUACCCAGACUUCCCCGUGCCCAGGGCGCUGGCUGUGCUGUAAGGUUGGAAUGAGUGAAGGAGAAGAGACGCCCCCUUUCCCAUCCUCUCUUCAGCAUCUUCCCUGUGCCCUGACCCAUCCCUUGUCCUGCAUCGCCUUCUCCCAAACUGCAAAGCCCAUGCAGCUUCCAGCUUCUCCAUCGCUGCUCCACCGGUGGUCCCUUCAGGCUCAGCUCAGCAGAAGCCCCAAGAGGUGGGGAGCAGUCUGGGGUGCCUGGCCUCAGAUUCACCCAGGAGGGAGUGAGCCAGUGUGAGUGUAAGUUUGUGUAGGAGUGUGUGUGUGUGUGUGUGUGUGUGUGUGUGUGUGUCCUGCUUGCCGGCAAGCAGGGAUCCUAAUGUAGCCGGGGCACCUCCACUGCUGCUGGUGUCUGUUCCUGUUGCUGCUUAUUUUCUCAGUUUGCCUGAGUCAGGUGAAUUGCUAUUACAUUCCAAGCUCCAAUAAAGACUGUCCUAGACUUUG